AUGAAUGCCGGAAUCACAGUCGGCGGAGAAGACGUCGUGGAAACGGAGGUCGAAGGACCUGCGGCCGAGAGCGUACAUGGUGUGAGCAAGGUCGUCGUUGGCGACAUCUUGUCUGCAGAGCGAGGCAUAAUUGUGAAAAAUACUGGAGUCAGUUGUGAUUCUUUGAUUCUGUUUCUUAUAGCAGGAAUUGCGAAUGCUUUGAUCGAAUGCAAUUAA